CAAACAUCACCCUGUUCUCUUCCUUCUGACGGGCCAUACCUCGUCCAUGCGUAGCACCGAAGUUGAAGAGCAAGGAAGAAGCCACGCAAAGCGAGCUGAGACUUUCUCCGAAAAAUGCCAGCGGCUUCAGGGCAGCUUCAAGGAUUGGGUCGUGGCGCCAUACGUCAUAGAGGAUGAAGGUGAAGAUGGCCGGUGCAGCGAGGAGGAUGUGAGUCAAUUGAUGCAGCCGCAGGAGAAGCCAUUGGUACAUCGAUUGGUCAACAGCAAUGGCUUUGAGGCCUGCAGCAUGAUGUCCAUCAUUCUAUGCAUGUUUUUUCUUGGUGCGGAUGCGGCUUGUUUCAAGGAUUGUAGUGAUGCAACCAAGGUCUUCUACGACGUCAUGAACCAGUUCUUUGUGUUCAUGUUCUUGCUUGAAUGGAUUCUUCGUGUUCUGAAAGAUGGAAAAAGAUACUUUAUACCAGUGAAGGCCGAGCAUGUUCUGGACACUGGGAUUGUGUGGAUUUGUGGCAUACUUCUGGGGUGGAUCAUUCCACUCGCGGCUGCAGAUGGGCAGAAGAGUCCGAUCGCACAGUCCUUGAAUGUCUUGAGAAGCAUGCGUACCUUGCGCUUUUUUGCCUUCCUGAAGAAUUUCGAAACCUUCAAGAUGCUUCUAGCUGGCUUUCUGCGAACCCAAGCAACGUUGGCAGCCUGCGUAAUACUUCUGGCCAUGGUUGACCUGAUGUUUGGCAUCAUUGCGCUGGAACUCAUUGGCAGAUUUGAGCCAUGGGGCUUAGCCGAAAGAGGUAGUGCUGCGUGGAGCUUUCAAAACGGACUGAUUCAGUCCUGCAUGGGGAUGACACGCUUCAUCUUUUUCGACAAUGCCCUUGACAUGAUGCAGGAAUUGAUGGAAAGACAACCUUACAUUUGGAUAUUUUGUUUCUUGCACAUGGCGAUUUCUGCGUAUGUCAUUCUGAAUUUGGUCACGGCGGUGAUUUGUGAAAAGGCCCAGUCCAUGACCCAGGACAACCUGGCAGAGCGAGCGAAGGAGUUGCAGGAAGAGGAAAGAAGAACGCUUCAGGAACUCAGAAGCCUUUUCUUGAAGCUCGAUGCAGAUGGAAGUGGCCAGGUCACAAUGGAGGAGUUUGACGCAGCCUUCAAGGUCCCUGAAAUCAGGAACAAGUUUCUCUUGCUGGGCUUUGAUGAAGAUGAAGCGAAGCAUUUGUUCAAGGUCCUGGAUGCUGAUGGUGAAGGCGCACUCAGUGUGUCUGAGUUUACAAAAGGUAUGGCCGAGGUGAAGGGUGAGGCAACUGCCAAAGGGAUGCUCAUAGCAAAAAAGAAGGCUGAGCAGUUGGAGAAGCUUGUGCUGAAAAUCUUGCCUCAAGAUGACAGUGUUGAAGGUGAGAAAGAUCGGCUUGCAGUCGAGGAAGCAGAGCCUGAACGAGUGGGCGAACUGCUUGAAACACAGAUGAGAGACUUUGAGAAAGCAGCGCACAUGCGUAUUGAUGAAAUAGAGCGCCAGUGCAAAGUUGCAAAAAGCGCAGCCACUGAUUUGGAGGAGCUGGUCAGCAGGCUGAGGAGACGAAAGGACUGUGAUCAUUGCUUGCGCCAAGUGCUUCAAUGAGGAUAGCGGCGACUGAACCUGAGGUCCAAUUCGCCAGUGUACUUCCGUUCCGUGCGGAGCACGGAGGAUUGAUGGAGAAAAAGCUAGCAGCCAGCUUUUGGUGGGAAGUUUUGAAGCAACA